ACCCAGGGGCAAUACCGGAAAUUGACAAGCAGAAAGUUGCGCGAUGCGCACCAGGCUAACCUUAUAAUUGGCAGGUAGUUUCGUUUUUCAAUAGUGGACAAUAAAAAUCCAUUUUCGUUCCCGCCUCCUUUUCGCCCUACCAAAUCAAAAUUCCAGAAUCACGAAAUUCAAAAUCAUCCCCUCUCCUCCUUCCUGCGAAGUGAACCCUCUAAUUUUCCUCCUCACUCCAUCCUUGUUUCCUCCAGUUCUACUUCCUCAUACUCCAUGGAAACUUGAAAAUCCAGUGCUUCUCCUUCCACUGUCGAGUAACCUGAUCAAAUGAGUGACUACCAGAGUUUUUGCAGCAAUUUUCAUCCAUCUAGCCAAUCUAGGAAAAUUUCAAUAGGAGUUAUGGUAGACUCAUGUGCUAAGAGAAAACCUGGAGCAACGAAUGCAGACGAUGGUAAGCUGGCAGCUAAAGAAAGAGUAAAUCCUAACAAUGGAAAUUCUGCAGGAGGGAAAAACAAAGGGGAUGCUGUCACGAUUACAAAAGAGAAGCACACAGAAGCUGCUGAGCAGGUCAAUUCCCUAUGGAUGACUACAAGAUCCUUUAACCAAAAUUCACCUGCUUCCGAGACUGCCAUUUUCCAAAGACGAAGUUCCAGUUUACUGGGCACUGGAACCGUGCCGAAGAAGCUCAGUGGAGCAAAGGAUGUGCCAGCAACAAAUUCAGUUCAGUUUUUUUCGAAUCAGACCAGUAAAUUACAGGAUGGUGAUGGCAAGAAGAAGUUCGAUGGCAUCACUUACAAAAGGAAAGGAGGGAAGAAUGAUAACUCACAGAGGGUGGAGUUCACUUUUGCAACUGCACAGCAAGUUCAAUUCCGUAAACCAGAUAUGGCUGUAGUGGAGGAGAAAACAGAUAAAACAGAAAAUGGAAAAACUGAAACUUUGAAAAUGAAACUUUGGGAGAUAUUGGGAACUGUUUCUUCCCCAAAGAAUCAGCAUUCUAAUAUACAGUCUCCUGAGGUUGGUACCAGUAAUUUAAAACCAGAGGGAACCAUGGAUCACACAGGUGGUACUGCUGUAAAGCCUAGUCAAAAUUCAGAUACUAUAGAAAUGGAUAUAGAAAGUCCUGAAAAUACAAUCAAGAGACCUGCAACUAGAUCUUUGACCCGAAAGAAACCUCCAUCUAAAGUACAACCAAGAAAAAUAGAAUCUACCCAAAAGUCAGCUCCAAAAGAGGUGCAACCCAACAAACCUAAUUCUAGAUCGUCCUCUAAGAAGGAACACCAAGAAAGUAUCUUCUGUUUUGAAGGUCAAUUCGCAAAGCCUGAUGGUGAUGUCAAGAGGGGCUCAUCUAUUCCUGGGAGAAAGAACAUUCAGAAGAAGAUCUCUAGCAUUGCACCACGUAAAAUCAACUUUUCUAAGAAGGAUAACGCAGAUGACAUUCAGGAAACAACUCAUAGAAGCAGAACUCCAGCACCUCCUGAGAAAACUGCGUUGUUUGGUAAUAGGACCAGAAGCUUUCAUGGUUCCUUUGCUGACAGUAGGACGAAUGCCUUGGAAAAGGUCCAAGAAAAAGACUCACUUCAGCCACCAGUGACUAACAUAACAAAUCAGCAGGUGAAUUUUCACAAUCCAGCAUCACCUGAAAAUAUUGACCAGCAAGAAGACCUUGGUAAUCCACCUAAAAAGAAUGUUGUGGAUCCAAAAGAUGGUUUUGAAAGUCCAACUUUUAGGAUUAAAACACCCAUAUUAAGCACUUGGCCCAGCUCCUCUCCAAAAACUGUACAGAUGGAGCAAGCUGUUCACAGUCCUCCCUCAUCGGAAAGAAGAUUUACAAUGGGGAAUAUCCGUAGCUUUAAGACUUUCCAAACUUCAAGAGAUUGUUUUGAAUCAAAUGAUGAUGCAGAGAAGCUUGCAGAUUCUUUACCCAGGAGCUGGAUGCCUACUACCGAGAAAAAUGAUGCAGAAGACGAGCUGUCUCACUCAUCAUCUGAAGAGAAAGAUGAUACAGAGAAGUUUAUAGGUUCUUCACCCAGAAACCCAAUGCCUACUAAGGAGAAGAAUGAUACAGAAGGUGUCCUGUCUGAAGCAUCAUCUGAAGAGAAAGAUGAUUCAGAGAGGCUUAUAGAUUCUUCACCCAGGAAUCCAGUCCCUACUACUGAGAGAAAUAAUGCAGAGGAUGUGCUGUCUGUAUCAUCAUCUGAGCAAAAUGACUCUAAGAGCUCUGAAGAAGGUUCACCCAUCAUUAAAAGUUUUGACUAUCAUAGAAAAAAAGUGAGCACACCAGAAACUAUACAGCUUGAGAAGCCAAAAUUCAUGCUUCAUCCGAACAAAAGGUUCUGCAACAAUGAAGGUGUUAGAGCAAAUGAACUCAGUCCUACCUCACCCUCUCUAAAAGGGGCCGCAGAAAAUGAUUGGUUUGAGGAGCCCUCGGGGCAGAACCAAGACGAUGAAUUGGCAAGGGCUGUCACGCUGUUUGCUUUGGCUUUAGAAAACUUCAAAAGGAAAAUGGAUUCAGCUGCUAGAAAGAAGUCCUCAGAAAUAUUAAUGUCGAUGUCUGAGGAGAUAAAAUUGAAGCUGCAGAAUACUAAGUCCCAAAUUGAAUCUGAUGUAGAGAAGUUAACUAAUCUCAGUAAGUCAAAGAGGAAACGCCAGGAAACAAGGUUCCAAGAGCAACAAGAACAAUUGAAGUUGAUACAUGAGAAGUUUAAGGAGGAUAUCAAUCACCAUCUUUUGGACUGUAGAAGCACUCUUGAAGCAUUGGAAGCUCACCAGAUUGAGUUGAAAGGAACCUUGAAGAAGCAAAAAGCAUCGCACCAAAAGCUACUCAUGCAAGCAGAAGAAGCAGUUAAGAACCAACUCAAUGAUGCCCAAAGACAAAUUGCGGAUGUUCAAAAGUCGGCAAGGGGAAAGAUGCUUCAGCUGAAACGUGUACUAGCCGAGUUUUUGAAAGAAGAUAUAUGACAUGAUACACACUACUACUAGCAAGACGGUAACUUACCCAGAUUAAAUACUAAACAGAGAUCCAAACUCUCAUGUUUGACCUUGUAAAGCCUCUCUGAAUUAUGCACCUUCUGAAAUUACCCUUUUUUUAUCAUUAAUCUUUCAACUGUAGAGAUAUACGUAGCUUAUUAUUCUAGUAGUGGUCUGCAGCAAAAGGGUUUUGUCUGGAUUUUGGCUUAAGCACCAUCUGGCACCUGCUGUUUGGAUGGAGGUAAAAUGAAAAUGAAAAUCCGGU